CGCACAAGCGGUUUGUAACUGGAGAAAGGCUGAGCUUAUCUCAAUGUAGCUGGUUGCUCUCAGUAGCGGCAACGGAUAUUUAAGGCGAAUGAAGAAUUCAUACCGGAUCAUUAUGAAUGGAAAUAUCGAACAAUUGAAGAUGAGAAAUUAGUUGACGGAGCCAGAGGAGGAAUACUUUCUUUCACAAUGUCCGUGUCUUCAUGCGGUUCGUAACGGAGAAAAGAAAAUAUGGAUAGUAUUUUCGAUAAUGGGUCGUACGACUCAACCUGCGACGAAUUCUUUGCGAAUGUGUCUUUGGACGCCGCCGAUCUCAUCUCGUACUCCGAUGCUCAGGUCGUCAUCACCACAGUACUUUUACCAAUCGUUCUCGUUGUCGGUCUGAUCAACAACAUCGCCUUCAUCUACGUGGUUGUCCGAGUGCAAUGUAUGAAAACGAUUACCAACGCAUGCCUUGUCAACCUUGCAAUGUCAGAUCUCCUUUUCCUGGCAAUAGCCAUCGGGGAUAAGAUAUGGGCGUAUGUUCACUCGCCCAUCACCCCCGAUCAUUCACACCUGGGACUCAUCGGCUGUAUCUUUACAGAGAUCAGUGUAAAUACCACGUAUUUUGCCUCUCUAUUUUUCGUAACGCUCGUUGCUCUGGAGCGUUUCUACGCAGUAUGCCGUCCACAGAAAGAGCGCGGAUCGGCCGCCAUGAGAACGUUUCGUUGGUUGCUUAUCGGUUCCUGGGCAACAGCCGGACUCCUCUCGGCAACCUUCAUACCAGCCUACAGUAAGAUACGUAAUUUCUGUGCCUUGUGGCCCGACGUAGAGCCUUAUAACACAUGGCCAACGAAGUUCCAGUGGUGUGAACCUAUUCAAGAUUGGACUAAGAUCUACACGGACAGCGUACGUGCCAUUCCCUUCUUCAUCGCGUUUUUUAUCAACGUCUUUCUCUUUGUUGGCAUCGUCAGGGGCCUGAAUCAGGCCGUGGAGAGGGCGAAGAUCAUGGGGAAACGAGAUAAGAACGUCAAAUUACGUAAUCAAAUCACAUGGAUGCUAAUUGUCAAUGGAUUGGUGUUCUUCCUCUGCCUCGCCCCAUUCGAAAUCAUUUCAAUCAUGAAGGCAAUGGGAAGCUUCAAAUCCACCACUAUGUUGGAGCAGGUGGCCAUGCACUUUGCUCAGAUCCUUGCCUACCUUAACUCUCUAAUCAACCCCGUGAUUUACAUGGCCAUGAGUACCCGAUACCGCGCUGCCUUCAUCAACGGCCUUCUGCCUGCACAGUGCCGACAACGAUGGCAGAGUUUGGGCUUACAAAGCAGCACGGCACACAUCAGUAUGACUAAUUCAAAUGUUCACCACGAACAUGUGAACGGUAACUACGGUUGACGGUUCCACAAAUCAAUCUACCUGUUGACUACCACGACUCUCGCUAAAGACGGUACGUUUCUUUUCUUUUUAAGACGUCACAAGUUUUUUCCAUAGGAUGUCAGAAUAAUUGAUUGUCCAAUAGAGUGUUCUGAAAAGCAAAACAAGUACUUACCAUCAUUAUUUGGCAUUUCUAUGGAUUUUUGUGCAUGGUAAUUGAAUCAAUACAUUCCUCACGCGACGGCAAUGUAACCAUGGUACCGAAAAAUAAAAUUCAACUCAUUUUAUCCUUCUACAAAGGCAUAGAAUGAAUAGACUUUGUAUGAACAUGAUAUUAGACGGACUGCAAAGGGAUGCGCCUUUCCUCAAAGCCCAUUAAAAAUCAAAGCCUAUAGAAAUGAAUAGGACACUCUGACUCGCCAUUACUGAGGUGAUCUGCACAUAUACCUUGCUAUUAUACUAAGAAGAUGAGAUAAGGUUUCACAUAUUGAAAUUAUCAUUAAGGUUGCUCGAGAACGUACAUCAAUGGCUACAGACGAUGGAAGUGAAUUUCUGGAUGAACCCGGUGAAAGUUAUCUCACGCGUAUCAGUUUAUAACAAAUUACUAAAAGUAUUUAUCUUGUGUCUAUUGUGUUCACAAUUGACUAUACCACUCUCAACACCGAAUUGUUUCCAAUUCGAGCUUAGACUUGACCUCGACGCGAAUGAACCCAUUUGAUUAGAUGGCCUAUUACCGCGGCGUGGGUUGUCGUUAAAGUUGUGAUAUCCCUAGCACUUUAUGACCAGCGCAUAGCUACAGGCAGAAAGAUUGUCAUUAGACUCCUUUAGAAAGGGGCUUGU